AUGGCAGCUUCAACAUGUGGCACGCCACUACAGCAACUGUUGAGCAGAUCUGCAUCACUGUUUCCCGAGAAGAUAGCCAUCAGAUCAGAAAGCGGUGAUAUCACCUACGCCGACUUGUUCUCACUUGUGCGGCGAGUGGCCUCUGCUUUGAGGGGUUCGGGCAUCGAUAGAAUGGAUCGAGUUGGAUGGCUGCUGCCAAAUCGCCUUGAAGCGCUUGCUUGCACAUGCGCUUGCUACUUCCUGGGCGCUGUAUCUGUUCCGAUCAAUGUCAGAUAUUCGUCAGAAGAGGUUGCGUACAUGGUGAACAAGGUCCAGGCCAAACUUUUGUUCGUGGAAGCCAGCAAGCUGGAUGUCCUGCAAUACCUCCCUGCCCAAAUGCAAAUUGUUGCAGUUGGUUUGAAAACAGCUGUUCACCACAGAAGGUGGGAAGAGUUUCUGCAGGCAGAUGGGCCAGCGAGCUUGCAACCAGUCGACUCCCAGCAUCCUGCAUUGAUUCUUUUCACCUCAGGUUCGACAGGCCGUCCCAAGGGUGUUUUGCAUUCUCAUGCCUCUUGUUGGGCUGCCAUCAACACUUCGGCAGAGAUGCUUCAGUUAGACGGUGAUGAGGUCGUGCUGGUCGGCAAGGCAAUCACCCAUGCGGGCGGACUGCAAACACAGCUCCUUCCAACUUUGCUGGUGGGAGGCUCCGUGGUACUCGCGAUGGUCCCUCCGCCGGCCAGGGCGGUAGAAUUGAUCCAGCGUUUCGAUGUGACCGUCUAUGCAAUGCUCGCAAGCUCCUUACUGGACUUCGUCGGACAUUUGGAGACAAAUCGCCAGAAGCUCCCAAGCUUGAAGAAAGUCGUUGGCUCUGGUGACAGCGUGCCACUGCAGGUCCAAACCAGAUUCCGCAAUCUCUUUGGCUUUCCAGUGCUGGAAGGGUGUGGAAUUACAGAAAUUGGGGGAUACUUCUCAAUGCAGCCGAUUGGGAAGGAAAGGCUUGGUUCGAUUGGCCUCCCAACAAACGGAACGGAGGUUCGCUUCGUUGACGAGGAAAGCCAUGAUGUUCCAGUGGGUUCACCAGGAGAGGUCUUGCUCAAAACUCCUUCUGCAGCCAUCGGAUAUUGGGAUGACCCCGCUGCCUCCUCUUCGCUCUUUGAGGAAGGCUGGCUUCGGACAGGAGACAUAGCCCGAGAGGACGAGGACGGCUACAUAUGGUUUGUCGGGCGCCGCAAGCUCAUCAUUGUUCGUCGAGGCUCCAACAUAGCGCCGGCCGCAGUUGAGAGAGUCUUGGCUACGCACCCGGAGGUGCACUCGUCGGUGGUGGUUGGAGUCCCCGACGAGUUAGAUGGUCAAGUGCCUGUUGCGUGGUUGGUGCCGAAGAUAGCAUCCUGCCCUCCCACGGUGACCUCUUUGAAAGAGCACAUGUCCGAACGCUUAGCUGCUUUCGAAGUACCUGUGAGCUAUUGGCUCCUCAACGAAAUGCCGCUGAACAGUGUUGGAAAGUUUGAUCGCGCGAAGUUGCAGCAAACAGCCAAAGAGAAACAUGAGAUUUUGCUACAGGCGAACAGGGCCGGUGCAUGA